AUGGAUAUAAAGUACGAUUCUCAACAAAUAGACUUGUACACUAAGCUUUACGGGAGAACAGGAAUACUUGUGCAGCGACUUUUGUUCACAAGAACCAUAAUGAAAAUAGUGGUUAUAAUCAAAAGCUUCGCUUCCAGCGAAAGCGACGCAUUCCUGGGUAGGUCAGAUAACAAGGACGAAGCUGACGAAGACGGUAAACCUCUGACUAGGCAGGCUCUUUUGGAAAGAAUUCGGCAAAAGAAAGAAGUCAUCGGGAAGCUUCGAUGUCAACCAUGGAGUAUGUCACGGAAAAAGCGGACGCUCAAACUUGCCCAGAAGUACUUAGAGCAACACGAGUCUCGAGUGUCAAGAACACACCUAUAUAUGGAAGAAUUUCGAAAGCGUAUUCGUCUGAUGAAGCGAAGUUUUUCGAACUUCAAGACAUAUUUGAUACCAUGGGAGGGCAAGAUUAAGCGUAUCGAGAGUCAUUUUGGUUCGGUCGUGUCGUCAUACUUUACGUUUCUACGCUGGAUAGUCUUUGUAAACGUGAUCAUGACACUAAUCAUUGUUGCCCUUGUUGUGUUACCCGAAACGCUAGCCGAUGCCGCGGCCGAUGAAGCACGACGAAAUCGAACGGAUUCACGCAAGGAGAUUCCACCAAAUGAACGCGUUCAUGCCGAUGAGAUAGCCGUAGUCUGGCAUUACGACGGUUACUUGAGAUACUCACCGUUAUUCUAUGGGUACUAUUCCGACGACGAUUUUUUAGGAGAAAAAUACCCGCUUCCAUUGGCAUAUUUUCUCGUCACAAUUUUCAUUUUUGCCUAUAGCUUUUUCGCCAUUCUUAAAAAAAUGGCUGCGAACGCUCGUAUGUCGAAGUUAUCGGGCAGUAAAGCAGAGCAAUACAUUUUCAACUGGCGUGUGUUCACCGGGUGGGAUUAUACGAUCGGAAAUCAAGAGACAGCUACUAAUACUGUAAUGGCUAUCGUCAUAAAACUAAGAGAGUCAAUAGCUGAUUGUCGAGUCUCGGAAGAGUCGAAAUUUCGGUGUCUACAGUUCACGUUACGAGUAUCAGCCAACAUUAUCAUUUGUGCGAUGCUCGCUUUUUCCAUAUACUGUAUUUCAUUUGCUGUGCAAAAAUCACAAACAGCUGUUGAACAAGAGGGCAAUCUGUUCACUAAAAAUCAGGUACCAUCGGUAGUCGCUACGAUUACUCAUGUAUUUCCGAUGAUUUUCGACUUAAUUGGUCGACUGGAGAACUAUCACCCACGUACAGCUUUGCGGGCACAUCUUACUAGAGUAUUGGUUUUGUACGUAUUGAAUUAUCUAACCUUGAUAGUUGCACUAUUCGAUAAAAUGGAUGCGAUUAGGAAAAAAGACCCAGCUGAUGGUUUCUCCUCAGUAAAGAAGCGUCAACUUGGUGGAAGAAACCCAAAUUUACCUCGACCGCCACCGUACGCUAGUCGCACGUUCGAGAAUCGAGCUGAUUUGUUACGUUUUAUCGAGAUAAGUACGAGACGCUUCGAUCAGAAUCGCUCAAUUAAGACCGCAUCCACGGCUCCGUUUACUGUGAUGUCGCAAUACGGCCCGGUCAAUGUGAACAAUCCAAAUGUUAUUCUUCGUAACGGGACACUAAAAAAGAAGUUCGAAGCGAAACGAAUAGGACCAAAUCCCUUACCCAUCUAUACACCUCCACCCCGCACAUUUCCACCACACGAGCCUGGUAAAGUUAUUGAGAAAUUCGGUGGGCCUGAUUAUCGUCCAAUUCGCAUAUAUCCAAAGCCAGCAACCACAUCUCGUCCUCGAGUAACACGACCACCUCCACGGGUGACAGUGAUUGUUGGGCAACAAUAUGAAGAGGGAACUUUAACACGUUCACUUCUGCUAGCCAGUAAUUUAGAGACUAUUCGAGUACCACCAGCAGCUGGGCGAAAAAGUAUCGCCGAUGAGGUUUACAAUACGGAAAUUUGUUGGGAAACGAUUAUUGGUCAGGAAAUCGUCAAAUUGGUCACAAUGGAUCUUAUUGUAACGAUUGUAUCGAUUCUUAUUAUCGAUUUUCUUCGUGGACUCUGGAUCAAAUACUGCUCAUCGUGGUGGUGUUGGGAUAUUGAGACGACGUUUCCCGAAUACGGCGAAUUCAAAGUGGCUGAGAAUGUCUUGCACAUCAUCAACAAUCAAGGAAUGAUAUGGCUUGGUUUAUUCUUCGCUCCCCUCUUACCAGCAUUGAAUAAUGUUAAACUGAUUAUAAUUAUGUAUAUUCGCGGAUGGGCUGUGAUGACAUGUAACGUGCCAGCUCGAGAAAUUUUUCGCGUUAGCCGAUCGAGUAACUUCUACUUGUUAAUUCUACUACUGUGGUUACUCCUUUGUACCCUACCGGUUGGUUUUGUGAUAGCAUCGACAAGACCGUCGAGAAAAUGUGGUCCAUUUGCGCAACACGAUCAUUUUUACACAGUUAUCACAAAGGAGAUUGAAAAACGAGUGGAUCCAUUCAUUCUUGGUUAUAUAAGACAUGUCGCAUCACCAGGUGUUGUAAUACCAAUUUUACUAUUCCUCAUGUUGAUCAUCUACUUCUUGGUAUCAUUGGUAAGAGGAUUACGUGAAGCUAACACAGACCUUCAACAGCAGUUGAUUCAUGAACGUACCGAGGAAAAGAAGAAGAUAUUCGAGUUAGCUGGUGGUAAGAAGAAGGUGGAUCAGGAGAGAGAUCGUGACCCUAGAAGGAGUGUACCUUAUCUACCACUAGUCGAACAGCAGAGGCGAGAACAGUGGCGACCGUAUACUGAGGUUCCGAAUUUCUUAUGGUAUUACCUAAUUUUAAGGGCCAGUCUAGAGAAUUCGGUAACGAUAAUCGAAAUACCACCGAGUAAUCUAAGGCGCCAGCUAGUUCGUAACCGCCUAUACGACCGUCUAUGUGCAACGCAAAAUUGCAUAAUUUGCCCCAAGGGUAGAGACGGUGACUGCAUAAGUUCGGGUACAGUCUAUCUGUUCUCUUGUAAAGUGUGCGGGGACGGAUACGUUGGUGAGACGGGUAGGCCACUCUGCGUACGUAUAAAAGAACACCUAAUCGGCAAACGUAAGCCAAGUACUCCACUAGGUACGCAUAGCACGCAGAAACAUAAUGGAGAAGAUUUUGAAGUAAGGGUUACGAUCCUCACGCAAGAAUCCUUGAACACAAGCGCGCAAAACUCUAGAGGCAUUCUGGAUUAA